AAAUACAAAAUUAGCUGGGUGUGGUGGUGCAUGCCUAUAAUCCCAGCUACUUGGGAGGCUGAGGCAGGAGAAUUGCUUGAAGAUGGGAGGCAGAGGUUGUGGAGAGCCGAGAUCACGCCACUGCACUCUAGCCUGGGCAACAAGAGCGAAACUCUGUCUCAAAAAAAGAAAAAGUUUUAAUAAUUGCUGUGUUUAACAACUGGUUUGUAGCAUUCCUGAAAAUGCAACAACCAGCUCUCGUGACCUGUUUUGGUCUGGCUCCAGCAUACAACUGUGCCACUGCCUUCUCCUUUGCCCACUGUUUCCAAAUAAAUAAGCUUCUUAGUUUAGUUAACAGAUGUCCAUUUCUUAAAAAAAAAAAAAAAAAAAAAAAUCUCCUUUUCUCCCAUGAGAUGGGGUAGGGAAGAUGAACUCCCUUUUUCCUAUCCUUAGACUUCCCUGGGCAGGUGAACAAGUCACAUGGAAGUUUGGUGAGAGGCUUCACUGGGAGGCAAGAGGAUUAAAGCCUGUGUGCUCCCGAGAGCCUUCCUUGCGUCUGGCCAGCUCACUGCUGCCUUGGCAUAACUUUGGGAGGGUCAUUUUCCCCAUUUGGGAUAAGGGUGAAUGUUUACAAAGUGGAAUAGGCUGCAUUACUGCUGGUUUGUAGUUGGUGGAAAGAGGGAGAAAAGAGCCUGGCACAUUCUCUGUCCUUCCUCUCCUCUUCUUCUUUUUUUUUUUUCUUUCCUUUUCUGUUGUCACCAUCACAUUCCUUGAUGUCAUUCCUGCCAUUGUGAGCUGACAGGCCCUCCCAGCCCUGGUGGACAGCCCAUAAGUAAAUGGGGAGGAAAUGCUGGGGAGGUGGGGGCAGAUCACAUCAACAUCUUGGCAUUGGGCUGGGUCGGCGUGGAGCCCCGGAAAUGUUCCCAAGCCCAUUCUUACCAAGAACCAAUGAGUAAAAUCAGGGGCCUCCCACCUGAGGUCAGGGAACCAGGCCCUGGAAUGGAACUUGGGGUGGAAAAUGGCCUUCUUUGUCAACUGAUUCAUUCUCCAGAAUUCAAUUUGUUCUCCAACUCGGUGGUGUUUGAAAGCAACUUUAUCCAGACCCAUGCACCUGAGGCUGAUUUGCAGGUCACUAAGCCCGGGAAAUGGAGAGAUGUCUGUGAAGGGUCUGCCACCGUGAUCCUUGGGGUGACCUCCUCGGUGCCCUCCCUGCCUCUCCCCAAUGUCCUCCUGAUGGCCAAUGUUACCUGGCCCCAGGGUCCGUUUACCACCUGGAGCACACCUGGUGAUGCCCCAGUCAUCAACCUCAGCAGGCUUCUCCCCCUGAAGUAUGUGGAGCUACGAAUCUACGACCGGCUCCAGCGCAUCCUGAGGGUUAGGACGGUGACUGAAAAGAUCUACUAUCUGAAGCUCCACGAAAAACACCCAGAGAUUGUGUUUCAGUUCUGGGUCCGCUUGGUGAAAAUUCUGCAGAAAGGCCUGUCCAUCACCACCAAAGACCCGAGAAUCGAAUUCACUCACUGCCUGGUGCCCAAGAUGCCCACCAGCUCCACAGAAACAACACCUGAAAACAGCCUCCUGUCAUCCCCCCAGCCCAGCGAGUCCCUCGUGCUGCUGGCGGCUGAGCAGACCAGUGGCAGUUUCUCACAGCUCUCAGGAAAGCCCCAGCUCACAGCAGACAGGAACAAUGACACUGCCAUUGAAAUAGACAACUGGAGCAGCUACAAGAUACCCUCACCAGUGGCAUCUCCAAUCAAUUUGAAUAUACCCAUGAGAGCUGCCUUAAGCUACAGCCUCUGGGAACAAGAGGACCAGAAUGAGCACCUUCUACAAGUUCCUAUAGCCAGUUCCCUAGGAGAGCACUUGUUGGGAGCCUGACACCUAGGCAAAACGUGCUCUUCCUGGCAUAUGAGUACUUGCUACCACCUCUUAUAAUGCUCCUUUCCCACUGUCAGCCAAGUGACCUUGGGAGAGGUAAGAUGGUGUUUCCAACAAGGUGCUUCUUUACUUCCACCAAUAAACUUCCAAGUGAGUCCCUAA